CAAGUGUAGACCCUUGUGUACCAGGCAGAACAUCAUGGUGGCUUUCAAAGGAGUCUGGACUCAAGCGUUCUGGAAGGCAGUCACCGCAGAAUUUCUGGCCAUGCUUAUCUUUGUCCUGCUUAGCCUGGGAUCCACCAUCAACUGGGGUGGAACAGAAAAGCCCUUACCUGUCGACAUGGUUCUCAUCUCUCUGUGCUUUGGACUCAGCAUUGCCACGAUGGUGCAGUGCUUUGGCCACAUCAGUGGUGGCCACAUCAACCCUGCUGUGACCGUGGCCAUGGUGUGCACCCGGAAGAUCAGCAUUGCCAAAUCUGUCUUCUACAUCGCAGCGCAGUGCCUGGGGGCCAUCGUAGGAGCUGGGAUUCUCUACCUGGUCACACCUCCCAGCGUGGUGGGAGGCUUGGGAGUCACCACGGUUCAUGGAAAUCUUACUGCCGGUCAUGGUCUUCUGGUAGAGUUGAUAAUCACAUUUCAGCUGGUGUUUACUAUUUUUGCCAGCUGUGAUUCCAAGCGGACUGAUGUCACUGGUUCAAUAGCUUUAGCAAUUGGAUUUUCGGUUGCAAUUGGACAUUUAUUUGCAAUCAAUUAUACUGGUGCCAGCAUGAAUCCUGCCAGAUCCUUUGGACCUGCAGUUAUCAUGGGAAACUGGGAAAACCACUGGAUAUACUGGGUUGGACCAAUCAUAGGAGCCGUCCUAGCUGGUGGCCUUUAUGAGUAUGUCUUCUGUCCUGAUGUUGAACUCAAACGUCGGCUUAAGGAAGCCUUCAGCAAAGCUGCCCAACAAACAAAAGGGAGUUACAUGGAGGUGGAGGACAACAGGAGCCAGGUGGAAACCGAGGACUUGAUUCUGAAACCUGGAGUGGUGCACGUGAUUGACAUGGACCGGGGUGAGGAGAAGAAGGGGAAAGACCCGUCCGGAGAGGUGUUGUCUUCGGUAUGACUAGAAGAUAGCACUGAGAGCAGACGAGAUUCCUUAGAACUGUCCUCAGAUUUCCUGCCACCCAUUAAGGAAACAGAUUUGUUGUAAGUUAGACACAUGCAGAUUUGUCAUUUCUCAUCAUAGUACUCAGUCUAAUCAGUACAUAUUUCAUUCUUUACCAAGGAGGAAAGGAAGAAACCCAUUGUGAAUUUCAAAUCUAAAAAAGAAUUCUUGUAAAAGUAUCCCCAAAGCAAAUAUGGACAUAGUUUAUCUACUUGCCUUUUGUUAAUAACCAGUUUGAAAUGUGUGUCAAGAUUUGAUUAAGUCUUGUUCUACAAAACAUAGAGAUAAACCCAUCAGCUUACUCCUCCUCUGUGAGGAAACUGGUAUUACUGAUGAUAUUAUCAUUUGAAUAUUUGUUCCAUUGAGUCAAGUUUAAUAAUAAGAAAAUGCAGUAUUGCCACAGGGUCAUGCCCACUCAAAAGAAAAAAUAUAGUAAGUUCUUUCAUAACCAACCCCUUACUUAUAAUAUCCAUAAAUUAUUAUAUAACAUUUGAACAGGAAAGAAGAAAGUAUUGUUUCUUCUCCUUCUCUCCUUUUAUUGAUUACAUUUUUCAAUUUUCUGAUAAUUCUUUACCGAAAGAUAGCUCCUCUUUGGGGGUACUAUACAUUACUACCUCUGCAAAAGAACAAGAGCAAUGGUCAUUUUUCACCAGCUGUUUCCAUUUUUAUUGCAAAUAUCCAACUUUCAACCCCAAUUCCAAUUCAUUAUGAUUCUUUUUCCUCCUCAGUAUGGAAGACAAUGUGGGCUAAAGCCCAGAGAAUUGAUAAUAACAUUUAGAAACCCUCUCUACUUACUAGUUCCACCUCCUAAAACAUCUAAAUCAUUAGGGACACUAUUGGGAUUCAGGACAAGUAGACAGGAAAUCUCACAGUGGGUCAGGGAAAAGUUACCAUCAUACAGAAAUUCCAAGGAAAAGGGAAAUCUGUACUCUGGCAUCAAAUGGCUGAUCUGUUUUCAGUGCACAUCCCCAAAUGCAUCACACAAAGUUAACAAACUAAGCUUUUAACCGUGUAACCACUUUGCUUAUUUUUUUUAAUUUAUUGGCAAAACUGGGGAGUUUGUGUGCUUGUAACUUAGGUUAUCUGUAUUGAAACAUUAGGUGAGACUUUUCACAAGAACUUAGCUACUUGAUUCGUGACAUGUUGUUGGUAUUUAAGCCCUGCUCACUCCGGAAGGUACAGACUGGUUCUGCAGAGUCCUCACCUCCGCGGCUCUCUCACUUCUGUGACAUUUGUUGAUCUUCACUACCUGCGUAAUGACAUUUGAGCAAAUUGAAAUGUGUGUCCGAUGAGGCAAGCCAUGGUUGAGACAGAAAAGGGAGAGGCCAUCCACUCUUUUCAAACCUUUCAUUUGUAAAGGUAUUGUAUAUAACCCAGCCCGAUUUUAAAAUGCUUUGUUACUGACUAGUAUAUUUGUUAAGGAAAUUUGUGUUCUCUGCACUGCUUUGCCUUUUGUCAGUAGAAUGUUUUCUGAGACCCCAAGUUUUAUCAGCCUAACUGUCUAGUCUGGCCUUUAUCUGAGACAAAGAGCUGCGGCAAAUGUCAAUUUUGCAGGGCAAAAGCUAGUAGUCGAAAAAGCAAAGCCCCAUCACCGCAAGGAGUGGGCAUGUAAAUAGCUGGUCACAAAGGCUUUCUUCUCCGCGGCACAAUUCCAACCGUGUGCCACUUUUUAGUGGUAAUGGCAGUUGUGUGUCUGUGGCAGCAAGAUAAUGGACCAUUAUUAAACCUGAUUCUCUUCGGUGCUAGGAAAAGGGUGAUGUGUGGGAGUGCAAGGUUCUUGGAGUCAUCACACCAGUCUCACUGGUGUCUUCACGUAUUUUAUGGCAGGUGCCUAAAGCCCGGCCCCUACAUCACAGUUGCGUCCAUCACACCGCUGCACAAGUGAUAGGGGUCACUUCCUGAAGGGUGGCACCUGUAGAAAGUACAGGGCGAAUCUGCCAGGGUGGUUUACGCCCUUAAUUUCAAAUAUUUGCACAGUAUGCCGCCACUAAAGGCAUAAGAUUGAGGGAUGGUUCAGUUCAAAAAGUAACAUCGACCAUCAGCAAACAUGUCAGUUCAAAAGUAAAUUUAGUUAAAAAGCAAGAGUUCAACACAUUUCUAAGUGUGCUUAUAAAGUACAAGCUUCCACUUAUUUUUAUUCUGUUAUGUGGUUUACUUCCUAUAUGCUCACUUUUACAUUCAUUUCCAAUGAUAGCAGUCAAUAAACUAGAGGGUUUUUUAAAGUGAAUGAUAUUUCUAUAGUUUGUUGCUCAGCACCCAAUAGCGUGUUGGGCACAUAGUAGGUAUUCCAAGCAAGUGUGUUAGUAAAAACAUAGAAAUCUCAUUUGGGAUUUAAAAAUAGAAAUAAUGUUUUAAUCCUUACUUUGGUCAAUAUUUAAUGAAAAGCCUGAUUUUGAGUACUGUGAAAGGGAGGCAUGAAAUGUGAAAACCAUAAAAUAUAUUUUUGCAUUUGACUGUGUUUAGGGGCAUGCAGUGGAAGGAAGCUUCAGCACUCUUUUUUUCUGCAUAUGAAACAACAUAUUUUGUAUUUCACUCAAGGCUCUGCCAGUAAAAAGUAAUGAAAUUGUACCUUUCUAAUGACAUCUAUGCAGCAGGGGUCUACUGCCUGGUGGAUGGCACCAAAUUAUCCAAGUGUAUUAGGAGACUGGGGCUUUUUUCUUUAAUCCCUUCUUAUUAAUGAAGUGCAUAGUGCCGCUCCCAGGAGACCGCAGCUGACAGAUACACAGAGAAGAGAUCAGAGAGGAAAAACCGGGAAGACAUAAAUGAAUUAUACCCAGUCAUGGAACAGUGCCAACUGGUUCUUCCCCCAGGAGGAGUACACAAACACCCCAGAAUUACAUGGUGGCCCCUAGUCUGAAAAAUGCACGUGGUUUGUCAAAACAGUACAUAGAGGAAAAAAACAUUUUUUAAGUUUUGGGGGUUUCAUAAAAAAAGAUCUUAGGGCCAAGAUUUUGAAUGUGGGUUUCCACUGUUGAAAAUAACGUGUUCUUUCAGGAGUCCUCACCUUUUUACUCUGGAAGAAAAUAUUUCCUGGAACCUAAAUAGUUGACACAUUUCAGGGGCCUGCAUUGUGUCUCUGCCAUUUAACUUUUUAAAUUCUUGUGUUUUCUGUGACCUAAACCUUUUCAUACUGCAGUUCCUAGAUGCUAGCUCAAGCUGCUGUUCAGUGUUGACUGUAGUACAAGGAGAGUAGAAAUACUUGGGAAAUAUAUAUGAUGCAAGUGAGCUAUCUGAUAUAGUAGAGGCCUGACUCCAUGUUUAAACUCGAUAAUGACAGGGAAAUUCCAAAAUAGAGGAGCAAAUUCAAAUGCUAAAUUUAAUCCUGAUAAGGGUGUUUAUUGCAACACAUUCUGAGCAUGCGGCAGAGAAAUUGCCUUUGUGACAACAGAAGAUGACAGUCUGAGCUGAAUAGACAACCUUACCAAAAAAAAAAAAAUAUAUAUAUAUAAAAGCCAGUAUAAAUCCUGACCAUCAGCACCAUACAAUGAGUUCAGAACACUUUAUACCUGGAAGUACGUGUGUCUUCCCUAAAAUGAUUAUAGCCUGAAAAUCAUUAAGAAAAUAGGAUUACUAUCUGGAUAGUAUAAUGUAACAAAAAUCACUUCCUUUACCUCAGAUUUUGUGAGUUCACACUUGUGUUUUAAUGCCUGACAGAUCACCCCAAAGCAACACUAACUUUUGAAACCUAUGAUUCUAUGAAAUACAGGGAAGACACUUAAUUCAAAGAUCGAACACUGUAGCCCCUCACUCUUGCAGAUGACUACCGAUGGCCUACAAAAGUACAUAUCAGAUAAAUGCUACCCAGCAUGAGCAAUAAGCACUGAGUGGACAAGCAGUUAUAGAGCUACCUAUUUAUGUUGGAAAUCAAAGGACUACAAGACACACCUACUUGUAUAACCCCACUAGAAUGCAUUUCCAGCUUUUCUUCAGGAUUAAUUAAAUAAACAUGCAAUUUGUGAAAAUAUAUACACAAGUAUUUAUCAUUUUUAUGAUCCAAAUCAUAAUAAAAUUGUAAUUCAUGAUAAACCAGGGAGAAUAAACUGAACAUAUGGUUAUAUUCACAAUUAUUUAUUAACUGAAAUGUUAUUCCAGCAUUAGAGUUAAUGUUAAAGAGAUUUAAACGGUAAUGUCUAAUAUUUGGAAUAAUCUGUUAAGGUAUUAGCACUGUGGUUGAUUUCCAUGAAUUAUGUUGCAUCUCAUACAACUAAGCUUGUGCAAAUAAACUUCAGAGUGUUUUUUAAAGGUAAA